CGUUUAUAUCCACGGAGGCAGUAGAUGGAGCGUAAAGCAUAACGCCUCGGGAGGAAGCCCAAAGCAAUGUAAGAAAGAACGUAAAAAAAGCGGCAAGGUCAGCCACCGAUGGGAGGACGGGUCUCCGGUACGACGGCAACCAGUUCAUUGUCGACUUAUGAUGGACCUGCGGUGGAUGGAUCUAUUACUGGUCGUGGCAGUGGCACCAGGCGCGAGGGCCGCUGGACCGAUCUCCUGUUUCCUGACUACUCAUCCGCCCGGGCAUAGGAGAAAGAGUCGUGAAAGGGUAGAGACGAAAAGGAACAGAUACCUUGUACCCAAAUACGGAUACGAUCUGCCUAAUCGGAGGGGACGAGAAGAUCGGCGGAUAUGUAAGAACUCGUGACAAGAAAAGAAAAGGAGGGAAAAGGGGGAGUCACAAACCUAAAAGGCAAGGGGAUCAACGCCAUUCCGGAAAAGGAAAGAAUGAC